AUGAGCUUGGACCUCAUAGUUUAUGGAAACAACAAUCAAUUCAUGGAUUGGAACACAAGGUUCCAGAUAAUCCUUGGCAUAGCUCGAUGCCUACAAUUAGGGAUGGCAAUGGGGCCUUGUGAGGGAUACACAGCCCCAGAGUACGCGAUCCGAGGCGAGUUGUCAGAGAAGGCCGACAUCUACAGCUUCGGAGUGCUCCUUCUUGAGAUCAUCUGUUGUAGGAAGAACACAUAUCUCAACUUACCAACAGAGCAGCAGUACCUUCCUGAAUACGCGUGGAAGCUAUACGAGAAAAACAAGGUGAACGAGCUGAUAGAUCUGAGGCUCCGAGAACACGGGAUCGUGGAGAGAGAUGUGGUGCAUGUGAUCCACGUGGCGUUCUUGUGCAUUCAACCGCUGGCGAACCUGAGGCCUCCGAUGUCUGAGGUGGUGGCAAUGCUGACGUGUAAAGCUGAUGCAGGGGCACCCAUAAGGCCAGCAUUUUUGGACAAGAGGAGGAGAGCAGAAGGGAGCUUCUCUUGGGAUGUUAUCUCAGAAGCUUUCCCUUCUUCCUAUGGGAGUCUUGAAUCUCACCCUGCAUCACGAGCAAAGGAAGAGGCUGCUUGA